UGGUGAGAUUUACCCAUUUAGGGCACUCGCCAAAGGAGUCCAGAGUUCCUCCAGCUAGCUAGGAUCUCUUUGCCCCCAUUUCCCGGCUUUCGUGCCAACUCACUGAGUCCACUCAACUCGUCCGUGUGUGCCAGCCCUUGCCGUAUCGGGGACGAUGAACGAGUCUCCGCGCAGAGAUCAUGGAGUGUUUGAUUUCAAGGAAGAAGACGAGAUUGCUGACAUGGCUACGGAGAAGCAGCUCAAUAAAUUCAAUAACUCUUCCCUCGGUGAUCAAUCCGUUUUGAAGUACGAGUUUCUGGGAUAUGUCUCCCCGGUGGACAAGGUCAUUGUGAAUGAUCAUGAUGGUGGAAGUAUCCCUAGUGUUGAUUUUGAUGGAAUUCGUGGUGACUUUAUCUCGGAAAAGGGUGUUUCAGACCCCACUUUGGGCCCAUCAGAAGCAAAGUUUGAUUAUGAAGAGGAUUCUGAGUUGGAAGCUUCCCAACAAUCAAAAGAUACAAGUGGUGUUGGACCUUCACCUGGGAUGAGCCAAACGGAUCCUGCCCUUUCAGGGUCCCCUUCCAGUAACGGAUCAGUUGGUGCUAUAUCAGAAGCCAAUGAGUGUUUUACUGACAGUACUCCAUCUACUCCUGUCUCCGGGAAUACAGAGAAUGUUUCAUUGAAUGGCUGUGGAUUGAACUGCUGCAUAGAAGAUUCUGACAUGGACGAUGCAGAUUUGGAAGUUGUUCUUCAUCCUGAUUACAUCAUAUAUCAGGAUAAUUAUUAUUUGGGGACAAAGUUAACAUUUACUCAUUGUGGCAUCAAGAUUAAUUUUUCAACAGCAUGUGGAAAGCAAGGGGCCUCCGACUUCGACUGGGCAAUUGAUGAUGUUGUUGAUAUUAGGUGUAAUUUGUUCCAAAGUAAUGAAACUGUGAUGAUGAAGAUUCGUGUAAUUUCCAGCAGUGCAUGCCUAUCAAAUAAUGUUGACAGAACUGAAGGCAUUGAGGAAUUGAAGGCUGUGCUUGCUGAUUCCCAUUGGUCCCCCAAACAUGAGCAAAUCACAUCUCUUAAUCUGAAAUACUCGGCUGUUUGGAAUGUUAAUCUUGGUGGGGAUAUGGAAGACGAUGGAAACAAUUUACAUGAACCGAAGUUCUACUUCCCUAAUUUUGAUGUGCCUUUUGAUGAAGUUAUUUAUCCAAAAGGGGAUCCGGAUGCUGUUUCACUAAGCAAGAGAGAUGUUGAUCUAUUACAACCAGACACGUUCAUCAAUGACACGAUAAUUGAUUUCUACAUCAAAUACCUGAAGAAUCAGAUAAAAGACGAGGAAAAGCAUAGGUUCCAUUUUUUCAAUAGUUUUUUCUUUCGAAAGCUGGCUGAUAUGGAUAAAAACCCAUCAAGUGCUUCUGAUGGCAAAGCAGCUUUUCUUCGUGUCCGUAAGUGGACAAGAAAAGUAAAUUUAUUUGAAAAGGAUUAUAUCUUCAUACCUGUAAACUUCAAUCUUCACUGGAGUCUUUUAGUUAUUUGUCAUCCUGGUGAAGCGGUUACUUUUAAUGAGGAAUGCCUGGAUGAGUCGCUCAAAGUACCCUGUAUACUGCAUAUGGAUUCAAUUAAAGGAAGCCAUAGUGGUUUGCAAAACCUUGUACGUAGUUAUUUGUUGGAAGAAUGGAAGGAGAGGCAAAAGGACAAAUGGGAUGAAGACCUUAAAUCAAAAUUCCUCAACAUGCGUUUUCUCCCUCUUGCGUUGCCACAGCAAGAGAACUCGUAUGAUUGUGGCCUUUUUCUUCUACACUAUCUAGAGCUCUUCCUGGCUGAAAUUCCUGAAAAUUUCAAUCCACUUAAACUAACCAAGUUCUCUAACUUUCUCAAUAUGCACUGGUUUCCACCUGCGGAGGCUUAUCUUAAGCGAACUCUUAUCCAAAGACUAAUCUUUGAACUCUUGAAAGACCGCUGUAAUGUCUCUGCCUCUGAAUACAGUGAUGGCCCCCAUGAUGUCCACUACUUAGGAAAUAAUGAAAACAGAACAGGAGUUCAGUGUCUUGAAAAGGGGUAUAAUUCUGCUGGUAUCAAUGGGCUGCCGACGACAUCUCAUGCUGCCGAGGGGAUUGAGAUCACUCUAUUAUCGUCAUCAUCAUCUUUGGAUCCUAAUUCAGGAGUGGUUCUUAGGGAGCUUUUCGAGCCUGGAGCUACAGCAGAACUACUGGAACAAUGCCAAUCUUUUGAUCAUAGAUCAUCUGAUUACCGUCUCAACAAUCCAAUGUUCCCAAUAGAGGAAGAUACAGAAAAGCAGUUUAUGUACCUGACAACACACGCUAAUUACCAGCAAGUGGCGGCAAUUUCACCAAGAACCUCUGAGCUGCCUUACUUAUCUAGAGGCAGUGGAACGGAGAUUUGUCAUCAAUCAGGGAUUAAUAGACAAGCAGAAGAUGACAAGACUGGGCCUUCCCACGUUGCAUCAGAUUGUGCUUCUGAUGAUUCAGAUGACGUUGGGGUUAUUGAGAAUUUUUCAGUUAGAAAUGAAGUGGGGUCGUUUGAAGAAGAUAAACCCGAUGAAAACAAUUAUUCUUCCAUGGGAAAUCCUUAUGGUUUAACGGAGAUCACUGGUUCUGCUAACUUGUCCACAUCUAUUGUUGUGGAAAGUUCACGAGACUCUGAUGUGAUAAAUAACAGCGACAAGGAUGGAAUUCUUCACUUGCAUCAAGUUUCUGAUAAAGUUGAUGAGCUGCCUUACUUAUCUAGAGGCAGUGGAACGGAGAUUUGUCAUCAAUCAGGGAUUAAUAGACAAGCAGAAGAUGACAAGACUGGGCCUUCCCACGUUGCAUCAGAUUGUGCUUCUGAUGAUUCAGAUGACGUUGGGGUUAUUGAGAAUUUUUCAGUUAGAAAUGAAGUGGGGUCGUUUGAAGAAGAUAAACCCGAUGAAAACAAUUAUUCUUCCAUGGGAAAUCCUUAUGGUUUAACGGAGAUCACUGGUUCUGCUAACUUGUCCACAUCUAUUGUUGUGGAAAGUUCACGAGACUCUGAUGUGAUAAAUAACAGCGACAAGGAUGGAAUUCUUCACUUGCAUCAAGUUUCUGAUAAAGUUGAUGAGAAGGUAACAGGUGAUGGCCGGAUGACUGAUGAAUUUUGUGAGGAACAGGGUGCAAAGAGGAGACGGCUUAUGUCCCUGGAAUGCGAAAGUUCUGCUUUGCCAAAGAUGUGUAUAGUUCUCCUGCUCUUCACCGGUUCAUCCGUAAAUCAAUGUGCGCUUCCCAAAUGGGCUGCUCUUGCUACAUGGGCAGAUGAUGUAUUAAUUCAGAACGCUGAUUUUAGUUAUUUCAUCAGAACAUGUGAAGUGGUUGAAGCUGAAUUAUGGGCAAUCUAUAAGGGCUUGCAAUUAGCUUGGGACUUGGGUUUAAAAAAUGUGACGUUGGAAACGGAUGCCCAGAAUCUCAUUCCGUUAAUUCAAAGGAAUGAUGACUCUGCUUUGGAUAGUCUCCUAAGUUGGCAGAUUCAAAACCUUUUGGCUCGUCCUUGGCGUGUAGAGAUUCAAUACUUCAAGAGAAAGGAAUAA